UUCAAACACACAAGACUUGAAUGUUACACUCGAAACACCUAAAACGUUACGAAAACCAAAAUUUGAAUCAAAAAAACAGAAGCAGUUAUUUAGCCAAAUGAGAAACAUCGGUGCCCCCCGCCGUCAACCCAACGAUUCCUACCUACCACCGACUCCCCUCAACCGCCUCCGCGACUCCGAUGUGAGUUUAGCCAGUAGCCGCCCUUCUUCCAUCGGAAUCUCCUCUUUCGACCUUUACAAAGAACGCUCCUUCCAACAAUCCACCACGUCAACAAUCAAUUCUUUUCUCGCUUCUCAAAAUUUCCCUGUCUCUUUCAAACCUUCUUCUUCUCCUUCCGCUAAAGAAAUUCACCAAACCCUAAAAUUCCUCCUCACACUUCUUGAAUUCCCAGCCACCACAAAAAUCGAAGACGAUAUUCCAAUUCUUCUUAAAUACUUCAAUUACCCUUUCAAACUCAAUAAAGCUAUUCUUAAAUCCCCUGCUGCUCCUCAUCAAUGGCCUUCAAUUCUCUCUCUCAUUCAUUGGCUUGUUCAGAUUUGCAAUUUCAAUCUCUCUCUAUAUUCUUCCACUACUACCACUUCUAAUCUUCACAACAACGAUGUUUUCUUCCGUUACACUCUCAAUUGUUACGUUCAUUUCAUUAAAGGCGAUGACGAUGCAGUUCAACAUCUCGACGCUGAAAUCCGUGGCAGGAUUCUCAGUGAGAAGUCCAAUGCUGAAGAAAAGCUUGCUGCUGCAGAAAAAACAGUUGCUGAUUUGGAAGGUGAAUUGGAGAGGUUGAGGUCUGCGCCUUCGCAGAAGGAUUUACUUGAGAAGGAAAAGGGAUUGCUUGAAGAUGAUGUGAACAAGUUCCAUAAGAUAAUUGAUGAGUUUUCGUCGCGGGUUGAGCCGUUGGAGAGGGUUUUGGUGGAGAAGGAGAAGCAGUUGGAGGCUAAGGCUGUGGAGGAUGAGAGGAUUCAUGAUGAGAAUGAGGAGCUGAAGAGGAGGGUUGAGUUGCAGACUUUUAAUAAUAGGGAUGUUGAGAGGAUGAAGAGGGAAUUACAGGCUGCUGAGAGGGAUGCUGGUGAGGCUGAACUUGCUAGGAAUACUUGGGAGGAAAAGUGUUGGGAUGUUGACAAUACUCUCGCUCACAAUUUCAAAGACUUAGAGGCUCUCUCGAUCGAUUGCAACCAAGCCCUUAAGAGGUUGAAGAUUGAUAAUGGAAUUCAAUAUAUGUUGAAUUCCAAGGGAACAACACCUGCUGAGAUCAUGGGUAUUGAUUACAAAGUCGUGCUGAAGCCUGCACUUGACUCCUAUGCUGAUGACAUCAAGAGAAGUUCGGUGGGGAAAUUGGAAGAGUUGAUUUCCCUUCAGCAAAAGUCUGGCGAAAAUGCUGCUACGCUUGAGGGGAAGAAAAAUCAAUUAGCUGCACUGCAGUUGCGCAUUGAUGAACUGGAAGCUCAACUCGACACAAUAAAGAAGGAAACACAGGACUACACAAGUAAAUGUUAUGCAGAAGCUAAGAAAAUGUUGGAGGAUGUCCAGCUAGCAGAUCAUGAUGUGGGCAUUAUGGAGAAAGAGGCAGCAGAGGUUUUGAAGGUAUCUGAAUUGAAGUUGCAGGACAUGAGAAAACAUAGUGAAGAAAACAUUCAAACGCAUGCUAGUGAACUCUUUAAGUUGAUUGAUUCAGUCUCAAAGUACAAAGAACACGUGGGAUCUAAAAUUUUAGAGAUGAAAAGGGCCCUAUCAGAAACUGCAACUGCUGUCUCAAAUGAAUACAAAAGACCACUCCAAGCUGAAUUUGGGAAUUUAUUGGAGCUGUCGUGCAAACUUCAGAAAACUGAAUAAGCGUAGCUUCUUGUUUAUAUGAUCAUCGAUCUUCAUCACUUGAUUGUGUCUUUUUAUUUUUUAUUUAAAUAUAAAUAGCUGAAGAAUGACCUUCCCAAAGGCAAUGUAAGAGGUGACCAAAAACAGCACUUAAGACAAUAAUACAAGAUUAAUAUGUUGAGAAAUAGGACCUAUUAUUUGCUUGGUUUUAUGGUCGCAUCGACAAAAUUACGUGAGUAACACUUAGCUGUUUAUUUGGGUUAACCCAUAAGCAUUUAAGAAGGAAAUCUCAGAGCAUCUUUUGAUAAGGAUUUGGGUUUUGCUCUUAGUACCAAUUGAUUUGAAUUAUGUUAAAAAUGGAUUGUAAUUAAACAUUCAGCCGGAGAAAUUUCAAAUAUUCU